AUGCCUCAGAAAUCGUUAUUAUCUAGUCCUCCUUCAUCACACAACAAAGAGAAUAGAAAGCGAAGAGUGUUCUUAGAGACUCCCCAAAAAUCUCUAACUUCUAAAGUUGGUGAAUCAGUGUCAGGUCCUUUUCCGCAAUUGUCGCAAGAUUCAAGUAAUAAUGAGAGUGUUCUUUCCACCAAAGAUGAAGCUGUGUCUUCCGGUGAUGAAAGUCAGUCACCUGAACCAAAUGAACCGACUCAUAAAAAAGUUGUAACGGAACCAUCUCCCCCUCCCGUUAAGAAGCGCAAAACGCUGCAAUCGGUCAAAACUAAAUCUGAGUCAUCGGUUUCAAAAGAACCUCCCUCGGUUCAUAUAUCUUCUGUUUCAGAAAAUCCUUCAAAAGGUCGUGACGUCAGCCACUCUAAAAUUGAUGAUUUUGAUCCUUCCAAGGACUCUUAUGACCCUAUUAAAGAUUCUUGUUGGGGUUUAAAUGAACCAGUACCUUAUAUAGCAUUCGCUAAGACUCUUGAGCGUGUCGAGGGCAUAUCUAGUCGGCUAAAGAUCAUCGAAGUUCUAGCAAAUUUCUAUCGAUCUGUUGGUGUCCUUUCACCGAAAGAGCUCCCAAAUUGUAUCAACUUGUCAAUUAAUCGAUUGGGUCCAUCUUAUGAAGGAUUAGAAUUGGGAAUUGGGGAGAGUCUUCUUAUUAAGGCCCUCACCUUGACAACCGGAGCGAGUAAUGAUCGGAUCAAGUCGGAGUUGAACCGACUGGGUGAUUUGGGUGCGGUGGCUGAAUCAGUGAGAUCUCGCCAGCAGACUAUGUUCAAGCCGAAAUCUUUGACUCUUCAAGUGGUUUAUGACAGGUUGAAGGAAAUUUCUCUCAUGGUUGGCAAUGCGUCCCAAACGAAGAAGGUGAAGUUGAUCCAGACUCUUCUCGUUGCCUGCCGUGAAUGCGAGGCCAAAUAUCUCAUUCGUAGUCUUCAGGGCAAGCUGCGUAUUGGGCUUGCCGAACAAUCUGUCCUAGCUGCUCUUGGCCAAGCUGUCGCCAUGACGCCCUUCCACUCUGUUCGAGUAAGUAAUAAUGACCGAUGUAUGAUUAGCCAGUUGCUAACAUUCCUUCUCUAUCGACUACUUGGAGCAACUAGAUAUGUGACAAAUUCACUCUUCAAAAUAAAUAAUAAGGCACGAUUUCCUUCUAAACACUCCUCUUCUCCUUUUCCUUUUCAGAUACAUCUAUUGCCUGACGGUAGCGUCCGUGUCUACUCGCGAAAUCAGGAAGACAAUACCUCAAAGUAUCCGGACAUUGUAAAUAGCCUUGUCGCCUGUGUUGUUGAGGCUGCCACUCUCUCUUCUGAUGCCCGAAAACUUCUACUCUCAAUUGCAGACGAAGAUGCAAAGCUUCCAAUGAAGGGUGAGGGGGAAGAGAAUGAACCUGUCACUUCUUUCAUAAUUGACUCAGAAGCUGUCGCUUGGGAUGUCGAUGCUCAACAAAUCUUGCCUUUUCAAGUUCUCAGUACUCGAAAGAGAAAGGACGUUCAAGAAGAGGACGUGAAGGUUCGUGUUUGCAUCUUCGCUUUUGAUCUACUCUUCCUCAAUGGCGUCUCACUGACAGAACAACCAUUGAGGAAGCGACGUGAAUUGCUCUGGAUGGUCUUUCCGACUCUCCCCGGUAGAUUCGUGUUUGCCACGUCCAUGGACAGCUCAGAUACGGAUGAAAUAUCGCGUUUUAUGAGUGAAUCGGUCAAAGGCAAUUGUGAAGGUCUUAUGGUUAAAACUCUCGACAAGGGAGCAACAUAUGAGAUUGCUAAACGUUCAAGAAAUUGGCUCAAGCUCAAAAAGGAUUAUCUUGAGGGAGUUGGCGACACUCUUGAUCUCGUUGUAAUUGGUGGUUUCCAUGGCACUGGGAAACGAACUGGUCGAUAUGGUGGCUUUCUUCUCGCCUGUUAUAACCCUGAUGAUGAAGAGUAUCAGACAAUUUGCAAAGUCGGUACAGGUUUGAAAGACGAGGACCUGGCGAAUUUGUCCGACUUCUUGAAGGAUCACAUUAUCCCCUCAGCAAAGACCUACUAUCAGUACGAUAAGAGUCUCCAGCCCGAUCACUGGUUUGAACCCGUGCAGGUGUGGGAGGUGAAGGCCGCUGACAUCAGUAUUUCACCUGCACAUAAAGCUGCUGCUGGAAUGGCCGAUCCAGAGAAGGGCCUUUCUUUGCGUUUCCCGCGAUUCCUUCGUGUGCGUGAGGAUAAGAAGCCCGAAGAUGCCACCACAACUACUCAGGUUUAUGAAAUGUACUGCAAUCAGGAGCAGGUCAAGAAUGCUGACAAACAGCCGGCUGAUGAGGAGGACUUUUACUGA